CUGUUGGGUUACAAACAAUGUUAAUAAGCUCUGUUAAUCAAUUCAUUGAUAGUUUGGAUCCCGUUUUGGAUAAAAUCAUAUUGGGACGUUGCAACAAUCUCUUAGACCGUUUAAGUGGGGCUAUUAAAAAUAACCGAGAAAAAGCUGAUGAAUAUGCUGUAAUUUCCCAAGGAGAUUGUCGAUCAAACAAUUUAAUGUUCCUUUAUAACGAUCAAAAUCAGCCAAUCGAUGUUAAAUUAAUUGAUUGGCAAUGUAUAAGGUAUAAUUCACCGCUGUUGGAUUUUAGUUACUUUUUUUAUACAUUAUCCACAAAAGAAACUUUGGAUAAGAUUAAAACUUACUUAAAUUUUUAUUACGAAUCCCUAUGCGAAAGGAUUAUUGAGUUAGGAAGUGAUCCAAAAAAGUUAUUUCCUCGUGAAGUUUUUAUAGAUCAUUGGAGAAAAUUCGCACCUUUCGGCCUUGCCUUAUCAUUUUGUGUGAUUAAAUUGCAGUUGUUUGAAAAGGAUGAAGUCCCUGACUUUUUUGAGAAGCAAGAGUUUGAUACCGAUUCGUUAACUCAUGUUAAUAAAAAUCACAAGGAUUAUAUUGAUAGAGUUAAAGUUAUUAUGCAACAUUUUAUUGAUAAUAAUUUAAUAUAA